CUUUGUUCCCCCUCCAGCAUCGGAAUGAUUGUUCUAGCCUAUCUUAUUUCGGCCCCUCUGUCCGCGUCGCAAGAAGUCGGCGGUCAUGACAGACCAAACCGCAUAUUCUUUGGCAGCCGAACAACCGAUGAAGGAGAUGAAGAACAUCUGAGGCGGGUUUCUGAGAUUUUGCUUGACCUGGAAAAAGAGGGAACCUUCGACGCUUUACACAAACGUCUUCCGUUCAAGUGGAACGAUGACGAGGAAUACGAUACGGUCAACCCGUUUGGAGAUCCCCGGCAAUAUCAGUAUCACGCCCUCUGGACCUUCGACACCCGAAAUGACGUGUUGCGUUACACGAAUGCGAACCGUUGCAGUCAAAUACCACUCGGUCUCCUUCGAGAGCGUGCUGUGAGUCUAGCUGAUAUGGAACCACUUGGCGGACCUGUUCCUGUGCCUUUGGAGCAUACGUUUGAUUCAGAAACGCCUUACUGGAAACCGCAUGUAGAAUGUGACGACAGAAUGCGUGCAUUUGCACACCGCCUACUCCGGGAUUUUCAUCACCAGUGGAGGCAUAUCCUUCGAAACAAUUACAAUUCUGUAACUUUACGAGUACUUUCUCGAGCUAUAAUCCGGCUUUCGACGCUUGAUUUCGAAGUUCACGAAAACACAGGCGGACAUGGCCGGCGGGGCGUACAUGUCUGGAUCACACAUUUACCCGCCUGGGAGCCGUUCGAGGCUGAUAUCGUGCGCGUUGGAACCGUCUGGGUCGUCCUCUGCCAAGAUAUUCAAAAUGGACUGUCAAUGGCCCAGCAACACGUAGCAUCCCGGGAAAUCAGCACGACUGAGAGUCCUAGCCCGACGACGCCUGGGGAAGCGCAUGCACAUUACAUGAUCCUAUCAGUCAAACACAUCAUACUCUGCCACGCCACCGAUCGGGCGUCACUCAAGCACACUGCUCCAGAGCCGCUCUUCAAUGGCAAUUAUGGCACCGGACCUCCGUCGGACCUGGCACUGAAUUAUCUCAUCUGGGCCACCGCUUCCGCCAGACUUUCGAUCUUUACAACUAUUCAAUCCCUACCCAUUGAGAUCCAAGACAUAAUACUCAACUACUCAUCCGUAGGCACAGUAGUAGCUGCUAAAAUCGGCUGCAUGCUUGGCUUGGGAUCCCCAUUCUCCUGGAAAGAUGGUCCCCUAAAGGUUACGCUGGAGGAAAGGUACGUAUUUCGGCCUUCGGGAUCCUCUGUCGAGUCUCAGGUCUGGUUCGGUGAGUACAAGAGCGGAAUAGUCUAUUUAGCACGAGCAGAAUAG